AUGCUAUACUCAAUCGCAGACCUACGUCAACGCAUUCGCCUUCAUGCACAGUCCUUGGGCAAGGGUUCUCUGAAGGGUCAACUUCUCUCUGCUUGUGACCGCCUUAGAGACGACCAUCUCCCAGCCCAUGGCAUUCGUCUUCAAGAUCGAAUUGAUUGUCCUGCUAUUGGUCUCUAUGAUGCCAAGCUCCUUGCUGCAGAGAGGCGUGAAAAGGCGGCUGCGGAGGCAGAGAAAGAGGCAGCCAAGGCAAAACAGGCUAAAGAGAAAGAGGAGGCUGGAAAGCUGCCGCCUUCUGAAAUAUUCCGCUCCCAGACGGAUAAAUACUCAGCUUUUGAUGAAAAGGUGCGUUUUGGGGUCCUUUUUCAAGUUCAUUUAAAAUAA